AUAGGGGCGUUGGAAGAUCUGUGGGCGCCAACAGAGAGUGCCACUACAUCAUGGGGUCCGGGCUUUCCGGGUCGAGUAGCUUUGAGCUUGAUUCACGUCACGGAAGUUGUUUGCUCAAAGAUCCGGGCUCCAGCCUGUUGAACUAAUGUUUAUUGUACGGAUAGUAUUUCUGCGCACAAGAAGCCCGUCUUCGUGUUUUUGUGCUGCGAUUUUCAAAUGUCAAAAGUUGUCUGAUGGAUCGGUCUUUCUUUUUUUUCAAGUUCGCCAGAUCAUGAUCACGAAUUGAAAUGCAUUUUUGUGCAACCUGCAGCCGAAUCUCUAUGCAUUGUUGUAGUUCAUUGGAGGUUGGAGCUACGACCAUCCAGGAGGAUGGUACCAAUGUACACCAACUUGUUUAUACCAUCACUCUAGCUCUAUUUCUGGGCGUACUACUCAACAUGGAAUGGAAAUGACAUAAAACGAUCGAACAUAUUGGAGGAUCCGGCGGCUACGGCCAAGAGUACCUCCAUCGAACUCGAUCGAGUUCAUGGAGGGAAACAUUGUCGGAGUUCCAUGCCCCAACCCGGAUUGCUCUCGCCAGCAUGGACAGUAAGUAGUACUGUACAGUGUGUGGAGAUGAACGAACGCCAUGUCGAGUUCGUUUCCAUGUGGCAUUCCUCCCCUUCGUUCAGCCGCACACACUCACACACUCACACACGCACUUACUGUACGUGCAUGUGAUGAAGUCUACUUUGCCUUGUGGCGAGGUGAAGUGAGACGAUUUCAUCAGCAAGAAGUCAUCCCCCUCGCUCUCCCAGGGCACCGAGUAUAUGGGAACACCACCACGGAGUAGUGUACCCUCGUGUUCAAACAUUUACUCAUCGCUUGGAAAGAUGUCUCUUUCGAGGUAACUCCAGCCACAGCAUCUCAUGAUAGGCAGCUAAACGAGCACCAUGAGGAUGACGACAGUCGUGUGGUGAUAUUAGUUAGGGAUGCGACAGUUACGUGCCAGACUUCAAACCGAGCGGUCAUCAUCAAUCUCCUGUUUGUUGCUCGAGAGAAAACCCUCAAAGCGAGGUCCCCAUCUAUUUUCCCCUGUUUGUUCUGCGUUGUUCGAUAAAGAACACCUCUCUUGCGCAGUUUUUGAGCGCACUUUCAAAGUGUCGGACGUGCCCAAGUGAGUGUGAGUCAAAAAUUGCAGAUGGCUACAAUUCUACUCUUGGCUUUGGUACUGAGCUCGAAAUGCUUGGGUAUCCCGGGCAACCUUGUUUCUUGGAGGCCUGAGGAGAAAAUCGUUGUGAAGUACCACGAACUCAGCCAGUGCUCCCAAUCCCAUCAAGAGAGUAUCUUACCUUCCAUGCUCAAGUGCCGUACUCGUCCCACCGUCAUAGAGCUUCCUAUGCCUAUUGUGGACGGAGAGAGCGGUUCCAUUAUACAAGUGAUCCCGGGUCACAUUCUAGUGGAACGAUGCUCUGGAUCAUGUAAUAAUAAUCCAUCUCAUACGUGCUUGCCUACUCGUGUGGUCAACAAAACCGUCGAGGUCAUGGCUAUUCAAGCCACUUACUCAUCCGGGUUGUGGAACACUGUGUGCGCCGUGGUCCAAGUCGAAGAACACCAAGCGUGUUCAUGCUCUUGCCGUCAAACCGCUGAGUUUUGCUCUCGAGGGCAGUUCUACGAUGCCUCAAAAUGUCAGUGUCGAUGCGAAAAUGAAUGGGCCAAGAGCCAAUGUCUGUCCUCUGGCAAGGAUUGGAACCCAAACACGUGUUCGUGCGUCUGCCCGGAGCGGACUUGGAGGGCCUGUUCCACGGGGUUCAUGUUCGAUUUCCAGAACUCGUGUGAGUGUACGCGCAUCUAUAACAUGGCCUGGACCGGGCUGACUAUUCUCAUUGGCGUUUUUGUCAUUGCCUGCAUCGGAUUGAGUGCAAUUGUAUUUCAUCUCAAGCGGAGAAAAGAUUUGGCGUCCCGAAGAUCAAGUAUCCAACAUCAGGCCAUUGCAGAGGCAUUCAUUCAAGAGGGCACGUGACACACCACAGCGGAGCGAGGGGAAAUCCUAAAGUCCGUCACGAAGAAUUAUGAUGUUUCGUCGCUUUAACGGGCUAGGAAAGCAUAGCUUGGGUCACAUCUGACCAAAGCACCCGGCUGUGGACAAGCCUAUCAGAAAUGUUACAAACAUAUGGAUCGUGUCAUCGAAGUCAAGGCUUGAGAGUGGCGGAAGUGAAACUGUGCGAGACUUCAGAUUCCAUGUAUCUAACUAUCUAUCGUACGUGUAAUUGGCAUUGGUGGGGUUAUACUGUACGCAGUCCGCAGAUGACUCAUCCAGCAUUCAUAUUGGAUGUAGCACAAUAAAAAAUCUCUGAAUGUGAAUUUC